GUAUUCUUCUUCUUCCCACCGUGUCCCCUCUCUGUGCGGUCACUCGGCUCUGGACACACGGAGACUCGGAGACUCUGCGCGCUGGAAAUAAUGUCCCAUUUAUCUUUUUAAGUUUUACUGGAGAAGGACUUGCAAGAUGCUGCUGCUGCUGCCUUCACUGAUCUGCCUCAUCCCGAGUGCGCUGGGGCAACUGGAGGAAUCCCAGUUUGGAGAUGACGCUGAUCUGGAGCUUGCAGACUUUGAACUAGACAUUGCGCCACGCAGGGUCCCACGGCAGGUGAAAACUAUGUUGACCAAGGAGACCAAACCUCACAUCCAGGAGCUCUCCAUCAAGACCACCAUCAUCUCCCGCUACGCCUUCACCGCGGUGUACUGCGCCAUGCUCAACCGGCACUCCGCCGCUGCAGAGGGCGUCUUCCAGUUCCAGAUCCCCGCUGGUGCCUAUGUCUCUAACUUCACCAUGAUCAUAGGAGGGCGUGUCUACCAGAGCGAGGUCAGGCCUAAGGCAAAGAGGGUCAAGCAGGAGAACGGCAGAGCCAAGAACAAAGAGUCAGGUGAUGCAAGCCCUGAGCCGGAGGUGGAGGUGUUCAAGAUGGUGGCCAGCAUCCCGGGUCGCAACCGGGCCAUCUUCCUGCUGACCUACGAAGAGCUUCUGCAGCGGAGGCUGGGACGCUACGAACACGUCACCAGCCUGCGGCCGCUGCAGCUGGUCAGCCGCCUCAGUCUGGACGUCACCAUCGUCGACCACUCGCCUGUCACCGACCUCCAAGUGCUGCCACUCCGCAACGGCAGGAACACCGCUGCUUCCAGCAGUGCAAGUGGACCCAAUGCACCCAAGACACCAGCCAAGCCCGAGCCGCCUGUCACCACUGUGCUCAAAAUUGAAAAGAACGUCUGCAGGAUCACCUUCAGCCCCAACAUUGUCCAGCAGGCCAAGAUCACCACCAACGGCAUCCUGGGAGACUUUGUGAUCCGCUACGACGUGCAGAGAGACAUGGGGAUCGGAGACAUUCAGGUUUUAAACGGCCAUUUCGUCCACUACUUCGCCCCCAAAGACCUGCCAGUUGUGCCCAAGAAUGUGGUGUUUGUGAUCGACACCAGCGCCUCCAUGUUGGGGACUAAGAUCAGACAGACUAAAGAAGCUCUGUUCACCAUCCUGAAGGAUCUGCGACCAGAGGAUCGCUUUAACUUCGUCAGCUUCUCCAAUAGAAUCAAAGUUUGGCAGCCGAAUCGUCUCGUAAAGGUGAACCCCCUCACCAUCAGAGACGCCAAGAAGUUUAUUUACAUGCUGGUGCCGACUGGAGGCACCAAUAUCGAUGGCGCCAUCCAGACCGGCUCCUCUCUGCUUCGUGAAUACCUCUCCAGCCCUGACGCCAGCCCAAACAGCGUCUCCCUCAUUAUUUUCCUGACGGACGGACGGCCCACUGUCGGAGAGAUGCAGUCCAUUGCGAUCCUGGGGAACACUCGCUCAGCCGUGCAGGAGAAGUUCUGCAUCUUCACCAUUGGGAUUGGGAAUGACGUGGAUUACCGGCUGCUGGAGCGCAUGGCUCUGGAAAACUGUGGGAUGAUGAGGCGCAUCCACGAGGAGGCCGACGCCAGCGCUAUGCUCAAGGGGUUCUACGAUGAGAUAGGAACUCCUCUGCUGUCCGACAUAAGGAUCAACUACACCGAGGACUCUGUCCAGUACGUAACUCAGCAUCUGUUCACCAACUACUUCAAUGGCUCUGAGAUCGUCAUCGCCGGCAAGCUGACCAACAACAGCGCAGAAUCCCUCCACGUCCAGGUUACAGCCAGCAACAAUGACAGGAGCAUCGUCCUGGAGACUGAUGUCCCCCUGCGGCACCGACAGAUAGAGACUGAGAAGAACGUGAAAGCAGCCACAGCAGCAAUGGCAGCCGGAGCUAAACCUCCAGGGUCAGCGAUUGCACAAGAAUUAGGAGUUGCUUUGGGCUCUAUAGCAGAGGAAUUUGUGGAACGCGUGUGGGGUUUCCUGAGCGUCAAGGACGGGCUACGGUCGCGGCUACGCAGCCAAACCAGCAAGGAGAGGGAGGGCCACAUCCAGCAGGCCACAAAUCUGUCUCUGACUUACCACUUCCUCACUCCACUCACCAACCUGGUGGUGGAGAAGCCUGAGGUCUUAGCUGAUGGCACCAUGGCUCCGGCGCCCACCAUCCCCCCAGCAGCUGGUGAUACUGGCUCAACUGCCAAUGAGCUGCCAGAAGACGCAGAGGACGGAAAGCCACAGAAACCCAACAGGAAGCCAGGCAGCCAGAGUUCAUCUCUGAGCAACAACAUAGGUAAAGAGAGACGACCCGCCAAGAAAUCCAUCACCUUCUCCAAAACAUCAGCGGAUGGUGACCCCCACUUUGUGGUGGAGUUCCCGCUCAGUAAACUGACCGUGUGCUUCAACAUCAACGGUGAGCCUGGACACAUCCUGCGCCUGGUGUCUGACCACAAGCACUCUGGUUUGACAGUGAAUGGUAAACUAAUCGGCGCCCCAGCUCCGCCAGGCAGCCACAAGCAGCUGCGUACCUACUUCAGCACCAUCACCAUCGUGGUGGAUCGUCCCAAACGCGCCUACAUCGAGGUGACGCCUAAGAAAGUCAUCCUGGAUGGGCGGGACAGGAUGGUGCUGCCCUGUCACUCCACAGUUGCAGUGGACAGCGGCGCUCUGUCAGUUUCCAUUGUGGGGAAGUCUAAUGUGACUGUGACGGUCGGAGGAAACAUCAUGUUUGUGAUCCUGCUGCAUCAGUACAAGAAUCCAGCUCCCUACCAGAGAGACCAUCUGGGGUUCUACAUUGGUGACAGCAAGGGGCUGUCGCACAACUGCCACGGCCUGCUGGGUCAGUUCCUGUAUGAGGAAGUGGGAUUGGCAGAGCUUCCUGCACAAGCAGACAUGAAACCUUUACCCGCGCUCAAGGUGAAGGACCGCUUGGUGCCGGUGGUUCAGAAGAGCAGGAAGAUCUACAGCGGGACUCAGAGCGUGGACUGCUGGUUCGCCCGCAACAACGCAGCCAAGCUGAUAGACGGACAGUACGAGGACUAUUUGAUGUCGCACAUGUUCGACACGGGGGAAUGGCCACACGGGACCAACAGUGUGUGAUAGCACGAACUGUAGCUGCAGCAUUUGUGUGAUUUAAAUCUUAACUCAUUUUACUCUGUAUCCGUUUCACAUUCCAGCAGAUUCCAAACAUUCCCAAACGCCCAACCUUCACAUUCCAGUUUUACUUCGGUCUCUUUUGAAUAUAUUUUUUUACCAUUUCUAAUGAAAAUUAAAAGUUUUUAUUGUAUUAUGUGUAUUGUUUUUUACAAUAAUUUUGUAAUUGUAAAUAAAGACUUAAA